CAGCACUUGCAUAAAUGACGUUAUACACAGAGAGAUUCGUUUUUCUUCAUCGAGCACAAACUCCCCGCGCAACCUCGUGACGUCAUUACGCAGCGCCACAGGAAGAAAACAAACAACCGUUCAGUGAUCGAUAUCCACAGUUCUACUGAUCUACAGAUCGACUCGCGCUCGUUGUUCGUCCGUGUGACGGAGGAAGAUGAUGAGGAUGAAGAUGAUGGGGAUGAGGAUGAUGAGGAUGAUGAGGAUGAAGAUGAUGACCUCAGCAGCGGCAACUGCGCGCGUUUGAGCGUGGAACCAGACUCGAGACUCUUCAGUCCGCGGUUCGUUCUGUCGUCAGGUGACCUCUGACCCCAUCUACCAUGAGCUCCAGGGUGUGCAGGACCUGCGGGGGGGCGGACAUCGACGUGGACCAGGCCCGGGGCAGUGCGGUGUGCACCGGCUGUGGUUCGGUUCUGGAGGACAACAUCAUCGUCUCCGAGGUUCAGUUCGUGGAGGGAAGUGGAGGCGUGUCCUCGGCCGUGGGACAGUUUGUCUCCGCUGAAGGUCCAGUUAAAGCUCCUCUUCUUGGUUCUGGUUUCCACACCAGUGUUGGUAAAGAGUCCAGAGCCCAGACUCUGCAGGGCGGUAAGCGCCACAUCCAGCAGCUGGGCAGUCAGUUACAGUUGAACCAGCACUGUCUGGACACGGCCUUCAACUUCUUCAAGAUGGUCGUCAGUAAACAUCUGACCCGAGGACGGAAGAUGGAGCACGUCAUCGCCGCUUGUCUCUACCUGGUGUGUCGUACCGAGGGGACGCCACACAUGCUGCUGGACCUGAGUGACCUGCUACAGGUCAACAUCUACAUUCUGGGAAAGACCUUCCUGCUGUUGGCUCGUGAGCUCUGCAUCAACGCUCCUGCGAUCGACCCAUGUCUAUACAUCCCUCGCUUUGCUCACAUGUUGGACUUCGGGGGGAAGACUCAUGAGGUUUCCAUGACAGCUCUUCGUCUGGUUCAGAGGAUGAAGAGGGACUGGAUGCACACUGGACGCCGACCGUCAGGCCUCUGUGGAGCAGCUCUCCUGGUCGCAGCCCGGAUGCACAAGUUUCGUCGAACCGUGAAAGACGUGAUCAGUGUGGUGAAGGUCUGUCAGACCACUCUGAGGAAGAGGUUAACAGAGUUCGAGGACACGCCCACCAGUCAGCUGACAAUCGAUGAGUUCAUGCGAGUGGAUCUGGAGCAGGAGUGUGAUCCUCCCUCCUUCACAGCUGCUCAGCACAAGGUCAAGAUGCAGCAGCUGGAACAGGAGCUGGUCAGAAAGCUGGACGAGGUGGAAGGAGAGAUCAGCUGCUACAAGGACGAGAUCGAGACCGAACUGGAGAAGAGCCGACCCAAGCUGAGAGGAAUCUACGCUGCCUACAGCAAAGAGAUCGACCCCGAAGACGCCGAGGUAUUAUCCUCGACCUCUGAACCAGAAGAGCCCGAGGUUGGAGAUGCCGAGCUCCAAGCCGCCACGCAGCACCUGACCCAGAACUUCCUGUGUCAGGUGAUCCAGGAGGAAGAGGGGCGGGACAAGAAGACAGAGGCGGGGCCAGAGAAGGAGAGCCUCGGGCCUCUGCGUCAGGUCGCCCCUCUGGACGUCAUCCUGGGGAAACUAACCACCACCACCUGUCUGGACCUCAACAAGUCACCUGACGAGGAGCAGUCGGAGAGCGGCGUGUUGGAACUGGACGACAUCGAUGAUCAGGAGAUUGAAAAGUACAUCCUGAACGAGCAGGAGGUUCAGGUGAAGACGGAGCUGUGGAUGAAACAGAACGAAGAGUAUCUGAAGGAGCAGGAAGAGAAAGAAGAGAGGAUCAAGAAAGAGAAAGAACAGGGGACUUAUAAAGAGAAGAAGAAGAAGAAGAAGAGGAUGACGAAGGGUGAGCAGGUGGAGGCGUUGACAGCAGGCGAGGCGAUAGAGAAGAUGUUGGAGAAGAAGAAAAUCUCAAGUAAAAUCAACUACGACGUCCUGAGAGACCUGAACAGAGGGGGGGAGGGGGGGAGCGGCCCCGACCCCCCCAACACACUCACACACAAACCUCUCACCCGCCGCCGCCGCAACAAGACCAGCGAGGCUAACGACCUGGCGGCUAACGCUAGCAUCAUUGGAAAGAGGUUUCGUCGUCUCAUUUCCACCACAACGAGGAAGAAGAGGAAGACGAGUUCAUCUCAGGUAGAAAACUCCGUCACCAUGACAACACAAACAACAACGACAGACACCACAGCUCCGCCUCCUGAGCCCGAACCCAUUUCCGCGCCCACAUUGGCUCCUCCCACUGUGGAGGAGGAGGAGGAGGAGGAAGUGGAGGACGAGUGCGUCAGCGCUCUGCAGCUCGUCGGAGAUUAUGGCUGUGAGGCAGAGGAGGAGGAAGUCUUCUAGCUCUGUCGUGCUGACCCUUGACCUUUGGUUAUCAUUGACCAAUGAAAGAGAGGAAGUGAACACAUUUUAUAUCAAUAUUCAUCAUCAUGUAUCGUGACGUUGUAGCUUUUAAUAAGUUUGAUGUAAAGUUACUGAACAUUUAUAUAAAAUUGCUUUUUAUGUCUUUUACUUUGAAAUGA